UUGCAAACCGGGAGAAACCUCUUGCUCUCUUGCUCUCUCGCUCUCUCUCUCUCUGUUUUCACUCGUCUGCUCUAGUACUGACUGUGCUAAGGGGGGGGGGAUCUUUUCCUUUUAUUCAUCUUCACCGCUCUCUUCCUCAGUCACACUCUCUCCUCCCUCUCUCUCACUCACUCACACGAGCAAACACAGACACACGAGCACAGCCAAACCACAGGCACCAUCCCUGCCUUUUAUCCCACCCCAUUUUUCACACCUUCCUGUUGGAUUUCCCCCUUUUUUUACCCUCCCAAGACUUUCCAUCGCUAGUCAAGCUGGGACUGCUGACCUGGGAAAACAGGAAAGGACAGAGGUAGAUAUCCUGCAAGGUGAGCGCGUGAAUCUACUGCAGGUUGUCCAAACUACCAGGGUGGCUCCAUGUAUCCUGAAACGACCACCGACUCCCCAGCUCGACUCUCGCUCCGCCAGACUGGCUCCCCAGGCAUGAUCUACAGUGCUCGAUAUGGGAGUCCCAAGCGGCAGCUUCAGUUCUACAGAAACCUCGGAAAAUCUGGAUUGAAGGUGUCAUGCCUUGGUCUAGGAACAUGGGUGACCUUCGGAGGUCAGAUUACUGACGAGACGGCAGAGCAGCUGAUAACGCUGGCCUAUGAGAACGGGAUCAAUCUGUUCGAUACGGCGGAGGUCUACGCUGCUGGCAAGGCAGAAGUUGUACUUGGGAAUAUAAUAAAGAAAAAAGGAUGGAGGCGCUCCAGCUUGGUCAUCACAACCAAAAUAUUCUGGGGUGGAAAAGCAGAGACCGAAAGGGGGCUGUCGAGAAAACAUAUCAUAGAAGGGCUAAAGGCUUCUCUGGAGCGGCUGCAGCUGGAAUACGUGGACGUGGUGUUUGCGAACAGACCCGACCCCAACACGCCCAUGGAAGAAACGGUCCGAGCCAUGACGCACGUCAUCAACCAGGGGAUGGCCAUGUACUGGGGCACUUCCCGCUGGAGUUCCAUGGAGAUUAUGGAGGCGUACUCCGUUGCCCGGCAGUUCAACCAGAUCCCUCCAAUCUGUGAGCAGGCAGAGUACCACAUGUUCCAGAGGGAGAAGGUGGAGGUGCAGCUUCCAGAGCUCUUCCAUAAGAUAGGUGUGGGCGCUAUGACGUGGUCUCCGCUGGCCUGUGGGAUCAUAUCGGGGAAAUACGACAGCGGGGUCCCCCCUUAUUCUAGAGCGUCACUCAAGGGGUACCAGUGGUUGAAAGACAAGAUCCUGAGCGAGGAAGGUCGACGUCAGCAGGCGAAGUUGAAAGAGCUGCAGGCAAUCGCAGAGAGGCUUGGCUGCACACUCCCGCAGCUGGCUAUCGCGUGGUGUCUGCGGAACGAAGGCGUUAGUUCAGUCCUGCUGGGGGCUUCCAAUACAGAGCAGCUGAUAGAGAACAUUGGAGCAAUACAGGUUCUUCCAAAGUUAUCUUCCUCCAUUGUGCAUGAAGUGGAUAGCAUUCUGGGCAACAAGCCGUACAGCAAAAAGGACUACCGGUCCUAAUGUGCUACGUAGCAGAGCGGAGCGCCCCCCGCUGGACUCAGACUGUUCUUCAUCUCUAACCUUUGCCUGUUCCUCUUAUUGCUUGAGCUUUUACUGAAUUGGAAACUGAAGUGCAGAAUCGGAUGAGUUGCACUGGAGAGAAUAAUUUAAAAAAGGAUUGCAAUGGAAUGCAAAGAAGGGGGAGGGGGGGGAUAUGCACUCUUAGAAAUUAAUAUUUAAAAGAAGAAAAAAAAAGCACACACACGCUCGCUUUGCAGACUAUGAAUUCUGUUUUACUUUUUUUGAUUUUCAUUUUGCAGUGGAUCUACAUAGAAAUGAUAACACAAGGACAAUUAAGACAAUGUUUACCUUGACUUGUAAAAUGAUAUUUCAGCUUUACAAUGCUUCCUUUUUUUUUCAAUAUGAAUGAAUUAAUAAACAGUUAAGUGAUAGAACUGAGACUUAUAUAACAGACACAAGUGACUGUUCCUCAUUCUCGGGGAUCAGUAAGGUUGCCCCGCGAUUGAAACAUUUCCGCUGCAGUGUGAUCUGCAGUAAUGUUUUGGGACACAUGGCUAGUCUUUGAGCCCCAGAGUAUAUCCACCUUUAAGAGUUAAUGGUGCAGAGUCUCUUGCAUUGGUUUUGUUUUAAAUCUGUUUCUAAACAUGUCUUUUUUUGUCAUGUGGCUGAAGCCAAAGAAUUUCAAAAGCUUUCAGUGGGACUUAUGUUUUACCCCAAUACUGAAAGCCAAAAAAAAAAAAAAAAAAAAAAAGUCUUUUUCCAGCCCAGUCCUUCAACCUGCAGAAUCUGUAACCCUCCCGAACUGAUUUUCUGCACAGUGUCACUUUUCAACAGCAAUGUCUGGGCUGUUGUACCACUGUAAGCACUUCUUCAUUGAUCCACCAGUAACGCUGCAUGCCAUCUUAUCAAAUCCCAGCCCAGACUCAAGCAGACAUUCCUCCAGCAGACUCGUGGGUGAUGGUGUUUCCCACCCUGCCCCUCCCCAUUCCUCGUCCUGUUAAUGCCAUGCAUCACUGGUAGAAGUUUUAACAGCCAGAUUCAAUCAGUCAUGUACAGUAGCAUGCUUCUAGUGAACCUGCAGAUUUCAGUGCUGUUAAUCUUUGUACCAUUCACAUUCGCUCAGCCCAAGGAUUGCUCUGAAACAGUUUGCAUGCAAGGGGCUCGGUUUGUAUUUUAUUGCAUCACCAGUGAAAGUCUGUUUUAUUGGAUAUGAUUGAAACGGUUUUACACCUGCGUUACUCUGAAUGUACAGAGCCUCAGUGUUCAGUGGCUAUGGGGUUGCCAGCAGGGUAUCAUCCUGCAUUGUCUUCCACACUGUGAAAGAUGUUCUGGAUUGAACUACGGUAGAAGGUGGCAGCAGUUUAGACUGUAAUGUUAAAAAAAAUAAUAAUAAUAAUAAUUUGCAUGUAGGAUAAUGCAGAGCCGGUCUGCUGUAUACUUUGAGUGGAAUCCAAAGGAUUAAAUAAAGCCAUCUGUGGCACCACCUUAUGGACAGUAGGAGUUACUGCAUUAAAAAAUAUAUAUCUGUAUAUAUAUAUAUAUUUCUACAGUCAAUGUUUCUUCAUGUAACUAACAUUUGAGAAAUGUAGAUUAUUAAUAAUAAUCAUAAUCAAGGAAUGGGAAGCAUGGUACCAUAUGAAGCGCAAAAAGCUUUUUUAAACAACAGAAACAUGUGCUUGAUUUGCUGAACUCUGCUCGAGUAUUGUAACUAAUAAGCAGGUUCUGUGUAUGUGUGCCGCUCAGUAUGUCGAUCCUGCACCUGGCAAUGAGCGAUGACUAUUACAAUAGUAUUAUAAUCACUUGUAUUUGAGAUUGAUUAUUCUUUAUGUCUGUCAAGACUAGAAACUGCAGUAUUUUCUCUCUGGUGCG